AAAAAAGAAACCAAACUAUCCCUUCACUUUGCCACACAGAACCUUCGAGGGAGAAGAAUUUAGCCUAACUCCUCCUUAUCUACAUUUUUUUUCUUCCUCUGUUCUAAUGCUAGCUAGGUCAACCAGCAAAAAAAAACAAAGAAGGAAAAACCCACUUGGUCCUGUCUGAUUCUUGAUAUGGGUUUGUCUUGUUUAGGGUUUUGAGUGUGUAAAGGUGAGACCUUUCUCUUGGGUUUCAAAGAUCUGGGAGAGAAAAUCAUUCAAAUUUGAAGGGGAGGGGUAUGUGAAGUUGUGUGAGUUUAUUUUACCAUAAAAAAGAUGGUAGCUUAAUAGACUCACCUUUUUUCCUUUCUUCCUUUUCCAUUUCACCAUUGAUCCUAUGGUGGGAUUUUGAUCUGAAUCAUACAAUAUAUUGGGUCAUUAAAGAAGGUAAAUUUGGAGGUGGGUCAUGAUGAACUUUGUGCUAGAGGAAAAAGGGUAUUGCAAUAAUGAAGAAGAAGAUGAUGAGGAAGUGAUAGGAGGGAAUACCGCAAGUGAGUUCCCAUUUUCCUCUUCCUCUUCUUCCGCAAAUUCUCCCAAGUACAAAGGUGUUUUCAAUCCUGAUAAUCAGCAUCGGCAUCAAAACCUAUGGCUGUUGGGUUCGCUUGAUAAUUCUCAAGAAGAUCAGUGCCGAAUGCAAGGAGCAGCAAUGAAUUUUGACAAGAAACUUGAGCUCAUGGACUUGUCACUUGGCAGCAAUGAUGAAUCCAACGGAAGUGGAGGCGGAGGAAGAGGGUUUGGAGCUGGCGGCGGAGAAAGUAGCAACUCUGUUGAGAAAGAGCACAUGUUUGAUAAAGUUGUGACCCCAAGCGAUGUUGGAAAGCUCAACCGCCUGGUCAUACCCAAACAACAUGCCGAGAAGUACUUUCCGCUCGACUCUUCGUCCAACGAAAAGGGUCUUCUCUUGAAUUUCGAUGAUCGGAACGGGAAGUCGUGGCGGUUCCGCUACUCUUACUGGAACAGCAGCCAGAGCUACGUCAUGACUAAAGGGUGGAGCCGUUUUGUCAAGGAGAAAAAACUGGAAGCCGGUGAUGUCGUGUCGUUUCAGCGCGGCGUUGGGGAGUCGGGAAAGGACAAAUUGUACAUUGAUUGGCGGCGCCGACCUGAUGCACCGAAUCCCUCUGCUCUUGCACACAUACAAUAUCACAACCAGCUUAACUACUUCUCUCAACCAGUCGGUUGGAGCAGGCUCUAUUCGCUGCCGCAAUCCGUCUCCCUGCCACCGCGAAAUUACGAGCCCUUACACCGACUGAAUUACAGUAUUUACCCAUACAAUCACCAUCAUCAACAUCAACAGCAAGGAAUUGCCUACGCCAAUGUAGCGCAGAAUUACCUAAGGUCAUCCGGGUCAUCACUUUAUCACCAAAGCCAAAUUGGGUCGGCUCCGGAGACGGGCGGUAGAGUCCCCAUGGUGAUUGAUUCAGUUCCUGUGGUUCAAGGCCAAACGGCGGCCAAACGGCUGCGCCUUUUCGGCGUAAACAUGGAUUGUCCUGUUGAGGAUGAAUCAUCACCCACCAACAUCCAUCGUGGGAAAGUGGUAGCUUCAUUUCCUCCUCCUCCUCAAUCAAGGUCCCAACUGCAACAAUUCGAGUAUUCAAAAAAGGGAAAAUCCUCCUUAUCCUUUGAUUUGGAUCCAUAAGAAAUUCAGCAUAUCUUUGUUUCUGUUUUUGCUGUCUCUUGUUAAUUUUUAAUUGUCUCACUACUAUAGUUUGUUGAGGUUUGGGAUCUGUGAAAGAGGCACAACCUUAUGAAUGAAUGAUGGGAAGAUCAGGAAGAUGAUAAAUUGUGUAUAAAUAUUACAGAGACAGAAAUAUCUUAUUUUCCUUUACUAGGCCUUGGAUUUCCAAUUGCCAUCUUUCCCUUUACCCAAGUUUGUUUUGACUGGAGAUCAUCAAGUUUGCCAUCUUUCUCUUCCUCUUUAGUUACAACAUUCAACUGUAUAUUCUCUCCAUUUUGCAGAAUUUGCCUUCCCUUUCCCUUCCUACUUUUUCCUUCUCUUUCCCUCAGUUUCUCUCUCAUCAGCUUGUGGCCACUGCUCACCCAAGCAGACCUGCAAGGCAAGCAUGGAAAGUUGCAGCUCCAUAAAAGCCAUGAUCUUGUUUUUGGACUGCUAUAUGUCUACACACAUUGAAGAAAUUAAAAGGAAAAAAAAAAAGGGCAAGUCCAUUCUGGUUAAUUAGGGGGGUCUUGGAAAGAGGUACAUUUUUGAGACUACUGAACUACAAGUACUGAGAAGUUUAAUGCUUUCUGGGAUAUAUUUGUUCCAUAUGGUCCAGUAUGUCGAGCAAUUCUAUUCAUCUUGAUUAGUUGUUACUGAUCAUAUAAAUUAAUAUGUUUAUA